AUGAUAUCUCCACGUGUUCAAAGUCGUCAAAGGACAACAAGUUCUAUUACACCAAUAAGUGACUAUUUAAAUAGUCUUGAAGGAUGUGUUUCCUCAUUAAAUGCAUGUAAUUAUCGGAUGGAUCUUUUAUUAGCAACACUUAAUACGGGUAUUAAUGAUUUUCCUCGUAUACAAUCUGUUUUGGCAAAUAGACGCCAUUUUGAAGUGGUUUCGGAAACAGAUAUUCAAGAAGCACAACAAUCUUUGGAACAUGAGGUUUAUCCUCAAAUACUAGAACUUUUACAACGUGCAGAAGCAGGAAUUACAAAAUUGGAGCGCCGAGAAAAAACAUUACAAGGAAAAUCAGAAUUACAAGAAGUUCGGUUACAACAGAAACCAUCAAAACCCCGAAACGCAUUAAAUAGUGCCUCAGAACAGCUCUCAAAAGCGAAUGAAUUACAUGCAUUACAAGUAAAAAAAGAAAGACUUUUAUAUAGUCUUAGUAGAUUAUCUCUUGUUUCAGGAAACAAGAGUUAG